UUGGCGAUGUGUUGUACUUGCUGCAGUGUUCGCCAGCAGAAGAUCUGGGUCCUUACCGUGGGAGGCCUGAUCCUAGCCUUGGGAUUGUUUCUAGUUUCUGCCUGGCCGGCUGUAUCCCGCCAUUGGAUUCGCAGUCUUCUGCCCUUGGCUCCCAACUCCUUCAUCUACAGACGCUGGGUGACUACGCCAAUGCCACUGUACAGCACAAUUUACCUCUUCAACUGGACUAAUCCGGAGGAUUUGAACACCGAGGGCGUUAAGCCCAACUUUGAACAGCUGGGACCGUACACGUUCAGUGACUUCAAGGUCAAGGAAGAUCUGGAGUGGAACCAGCCCGAGGUGACUUAUUUUGGCAAACGCACCUGGCACUUUCUUCCCGAAAAAUCAAACGGCUCGCUGGACGAUGUGGUUGUGGCCCCACACUUUCCCUCUUUGACAGCUGCCUUGUACUCGCGGCCCAUGCGCCGCGUCCUGCGCAAGGUCAUGAACUUUGCCCUUAAUCGCGAAGGUGGCGCCACCCACAUGACCAACACAGCUGGUCAGUGGCUCUUCGACGGCUACUACGACCAUCUGCUGGACUUUGUGGAGCAGCUGCAUUCGCCAUUGCUACCGGUUUACAGCAACACCUUCGGAUGGUUCUACGAGCGAAAUAAUUCGAAGACGGCCGAGGGAAACUUAACAGUGCACACUGGUCGUGGAGACCUGAGCCAGUUGGGAGAUCUACUCCUGUGGAAUGGCCUAAACACAACCGGAUAUUAUCCGGGUGAAUGUGGCAAGGUCAAUGGCAGCACGGGCGAACUCUGGUCGCCGGAUAGAAAGUGGAGCCAGCCCACCUCCAUUUUCCUAUCCGAUGCAGCGCGUUACUUGAACCUUUUCCCCCGGGAAAACCUCACCAUCGAUAACAUAGACGUCUGGCGCUAUGAGUCCACCAAUCGCACCCUCGACAAUGGCCAGUUGUCGCCGGACACCAAGUGCUUUUGCCUCGAGAAUCGCGAGUGUCCCCGCAACGGAGUCCUGGAUUACGGGCCACCGACCUUCGACGGUCCUUUCUACAUGUCGCAUCCGCACUUUUACCUUACGGACGACCUGUACAGGGAGAACACCACGGGACUGAGGCCCGAGCAAUCCGAACACGGCAUGUUUGUGAUAAUGGAGCCCACACUAGGCAUUCCUUUGAGCCUGAGCGGACAGCUCAUGAUUAGCACGAAAGUGGUGCGCGAUGAGGCAAUUGACUUGUUCAAGGAUGUAGCCUAUGAUCACUAUGCGCCCCUUUUUACCAUGAGAAUCCAUGCAGAAUUAGAUGAUAGCCUCACAAGUUUACUAAAGCUUGGCUUAAAUGCUGCUAUUAUUGGUAUAUACACUGGAAUCGGAUUACUUAUUUUAGGCAUGAUAUUGGUCGCAGUAGGCUUGUUUGUCACAAAGAACCACAAGUAGUACAACGAAAAAAAUUCCGGGAGCUAUCGUUAAGAAGAAGUGGAACACAAACAAGAAAAACACACUUGAAACCGAUAAGACUGUUAACGCCAACAAAGCAAAAAUCUCGUUAAUCACAGGGGAAAUUUCGUCAUUGUUUAAGGCCAUAAUCAGUCCGAGAACUUUAAGGCUGGGCAAUAAAAAAGGCAAAUUACGUGCCCGGCUGGAUUAUCCAUUUUCGUUCAGGUGUUGCCCAGCUGCAGGCAUCUAGAAUUACACUAAAUUAUGGCCUUUCAAAUAUGCUAAAAUUUAUUAAUAUGUUAAUAAUUGUUUUUUGCUGUUCGUUCAGGCCAUGCUAAGAAGUAGGGGAAAUAUCCUUGAGCACGUAAGCUGCAUACUUUAUGGCGUACGAACUCUUUCACCAGCCAGAGCCGGCAAAUACCGAACUGGAAAUUUGAAAAAUGCCAAAAGAAUAUUAUAAGCGGCUAAUUUAUAUGCACCAAGCACGCAAACUUACGUUUUGCACACACAUUGUUUGUGGCCAACGAAAAGGGCGAAGAAACAAGUGAAACAAUGUAUGAAAAUAUGAAAAUUAUAUGACUGCCAGUAUGUGUCGGCCAUAACUUUAACAAAAUCUGUGUGAGGGUGAGCAUACUGGAGUAAUAAAAUUCGUUGUUAAAUAAUGGCUAGAAAUAUAAACAAAUAUGGAAUGUAGUAAAAAGCACUAAAGAAAAUAAAAAUAAUGCAAAAAAAGUAAGGCUCACA